UCACCCCUCCAACCCCCUUCCCCUGCGGGCCCUGCCUUGGACUGGUGUUAUUGGAGGGAAACCCCGUGGACUGCAUUCAGACCGACGGGGCUGCGAGAAUCAGCUGUAGCUUAAUACGCCAACAUCACUGCUAUCUGCGAGCACUCAGUGAGCAGUCAUGAGCGAGGGACAACCAGAACUGUUGAGGAAGGCCAAGCUGGCCGAGCAGGCCGAGCGGUACGAUGACAUGGCUGCUACGAUGAAGGAAUAUACAAAGACGAGCGACGGGCUGAGCGACGAGGCGCGCAACCUGCUGUCGGUGGCCUACAAGAAUGUGGUGGGUGCCCGCCGCUCCUCGUGGCGCGUGGUGGCCAGCAUCGAGCAGAAAAAGGAUUGCGCCGAAAAGAAGCAGUCCAUCGUGGAACGGUACCGGGAACAAAUUGAGAACGAGCUGAAAGAGAUCUGCAUGGAUGUGCUGGAUCUCCUGAACACAGUCCUCAUUCCCAAAACGAAAGAACCACAGAGCAAAGUCUUCUAUUUGAAAAUGAAAGGAGAUUACUUCCGCUACUUGGCCGAGGUGGCUAAAGGAGACGAGAAGGAUUCCAUCAUUAAAAGCUCACGGGACGCCUACCAAGAAGCCUUUACCAUCAGCACAGAGGAGAUGAAGCCCACGCACCCAAUUCGCCUUGGCCUCGCCCUCAACUUCUCAGUUUUCUACUAUGAGAUCCUCGAGUCACCCGAGCAGGCCUGCAAACUGGCCAAAACUGCUUUCGAUGAUGCUAUUGCUGAGCUCGAGACACUAAGUGAUGAGUCGUACAAAGACAGCACACUAAUCAUGCAGCUACUGAGAGACAACUUGACACUGUGGACCUCUGAUAACCAGGUGGAGGGAGACGAAACAGAGGAGCCCAAAGAUUGAGCCUGAGCCCCAAAGGCGUCCCUGUCUGCUUGCCAUUGUCCCGGCUCAUCUAAAUCAUGACCAUCAACACUGAGACCACUUCACUCAUUAUCGUCAUCAUCAUCAUCAUCAUUGUUGUUCAACUCUUUCCAUCUUCUUCUUUUUUCUUUUCUAUUUAGGAGUUUCAACACUCACCUCUCUCCUGUCUGUUUACAGUUUCCCCUUUUGUAGUAACUGUGGGGGAAGGGGGAUGGGGAGUGAGGGUAUGUUUUAAAUUGUUUGGAGGGGGCGGGUCCAUGUGGAAAGGUAACAGUGUACUUUGGGUUGUCUGUCUGCUGACCUCUUCUUGUGUGUAGGAGCAAUAGGGGUGUUGUAUUAUCAAGGUGGUGGGAGAAAGGGGCAAGUUCUCGACUCAUGAAACAUAACGCAGGUUGAGGUUUUGUUUUUUUUUUGGAGUCAGACAACAGGCUAUACUGUGUAUGUAUUCUAUUCGUAUUAAUGGUCGUAUUCUUGAUUAGCACCAUUUUUGAUGACAAACCUGUGGUUUUAACAAAACCAUGAGUUGCCUUGCCUGAGCAGACGGCAGCACUCAAUGUGUACUCGGCAAGAUGAACGACUGCAGCGGUGAAGACAGUGGAGCGAGCGAUGGGGGAUUGCUGGAGAGGGAAGGCAGGCUUUGGUUGGAACACAAAGGUUACAUUCCGUUUACUGUCGGUUGCUUAACUUUCUACUCUUUAUUAUUUUUGUUCUGUUUUUGGGUGACCUGCUUUUAUAUUUCUGUAAUCACUUCUGAGGUAUAGAACGUUUUGAAAAACAAAAGGGGCACACAAGCUUAUUGUUGUUGCUGUUUUGUAUAGGCACAGCAGUAAAGAAAACCCUACAUGCUUGUCUAGUUGCUGCUUUUUCAGAUUUAGUUAUCUUUUUCUUUUUUUUUUCUUUCAAUACUUGC